GUACCUAACUGCACGGCCACGCGUUUUACCGCAUCCCUUCCUCACCCGCACCCAAAGUCAACUCCCUUGGAAAUGGCGUCAAUAGGCGCGGUCACGAAGCAGAUCGCUGCCCUCGAAAUCUCCUCCAAGAAGCACCAAUCUUCUCGUCCCGGCCAUACCAAGCAGCCCUCCCAAACAAACGUAGCCAAACUCCUCACAAAAUAUGCCGCACCCCAUCCUCCUACAGCGAAACCAACUCAACCGUCUGCUCUCCGUAACCAGACGAACACAAAUGCACCUGGAACUGCUCGAACUAGUAGAGCGGUAACUCCUUCAGAACCCCAACCCCAGCUUGACAUCGGCAAGUAUGAUGGUGGCCUCGAGCUAGACAACGAGAAGAGGGGUGAAAAAGUCUUUGGAGAGGCAGCCGAAGCGCUCGCUCUCGAUUCCAGCGUCUCAAGAACACGUCCCACCCGAGAGUGGAGCCUCCCCUCAUUUGAGAUCGGUCGCCCCCUCGGCAAGGGAAAAUUCGGGCGCGUCUACAUGGUUCGCACCAAAUGCGAACCACAAUAUAUCCUCGCACUCAAAACCCUCUACAAAUCCGAAAUCAUUCAGUCCCGCGUCGAGAAACAAAUCCGACGAGAAAUAGAGAUUCAACAAAAUCUCCGCCACCCAAACGUACUUCGCUUGUACGGUUACUUCCACGACGAGAAACGCAUCUUCCUCAUGCUCGAGUUCGCUGGUAAAGGCGAGCUGUACAAGCAGCUCUCCAAGCAUGGCAGCUUUUCAGAGAAACGGAGCUCGAGGUAUAUCGACCAGAUGGCGGAUGCCUUGACCUACUUGCAUGGCAAGCACGUCAUUCAUCGAGAUAUCAAGCCGGAGAAUUUGUUGUUGGGGAUCAAUGGUGAGCUGAAGAUAGGCGACUUUGGAUGGAGCGUACACGCACCUGGAAAUAGACGCAUGACGCUAUGUGGGACGCUCGAUUACCUGCCACCUGAGAUGGUCGAGGGAAGGGAACAUAAUGAGAAGGUAGAUUACUGGGCCCUGGGUGUACUAACAUACGAGUUUUUGGUUGGGAAUCCUCCUUUUGAAGAUCGGAACAGCGUGAAUGCCACUUACCGUCGAAUAGCUAAAGUCGACCUCAGAAUACCACCACUCGUCUCUCCCGAGGCCAGAGAUCUAAUAACCCAGCUACUCAAAUAUAACCCUGAAGAGCGUAUCCCAUUAACUGAUGUCUCACGACACCCAUGGAUAGUGAAGCAUCGGCCCAAAGGGACAUCGAGAGGCGGAAGUGAGGCGUAGAUAUCGUUGAUCUUUAAUGUGCUAGUUGUUGCCUCUGGUGGUGUGCCGGACACCGUGUUUUGACUUGGACUAUUGUAUAACUUACAAGCACCUGUAAAAUUGUCGUCGCGCGUCCAGCUCGUGUCGUUGUCAUUUUCGCCGAAAUGUGUCGACUAGUGGAUUGGUCGAGUACAACAGUUCAAGCUGGUGGAGCAACAAACCUGCAUUGACGUGACUAGGGUUCGAUGAUGCCGACUAUCACCUUGUUUACACAAAUCAGCAUCACACGUUUAGUACAUUGGCCAACCGCUGUGGUCAGGGGUUCAAGAUCAAGUGCAAUCGUAAAGUACUUAUACG